AUGGCCCAGGCGUCUCGCCCUGGUGGCCUUCUGCCUCCACUCGCUGCCUUGCCGCCGCUGUGGGUGCAACCCGGGGGCGCUGCGGAGGAGCUGUGGGAGGGAAGGUGGGCGGGCGCUACCUCGGGAGAGGUUCGCGGCUGGCGGGGGCUGCCAGUUGCCGGGAGCAUCGCCUGCCUGGGCUCACGGCCGGGUGAAGCUCCGGGAGGGCAAGUGUGGUGGACUGGGGCGGUGUCGGCGGACGCGAGCGAGGACCACGAGGCUGGGGUUGCAGACAGGAGCCGGGAGCCGGCAGCAGGCAGCCCAAUUCCUCCAGUGCUACAGCGUCUUCGGACUGUGUUGCUGCGGCUGCACCGCCAACGGGAGCAGCUCCUCCGGGCCCGCGACUGCACUCGCCAGCUGCAGGCGACUCUGCACCUUCUAAGGACCCUGAGUCUCGGUACACCAUCGCCUGGUCCGAGCCCGUUGCUCCAGCUGUGCUGCGACCUGCUACCGCACCCUUCCCGAGGGUCCGUCCUGCGAACCCGGUUUCUUGAUCCCUUCGAGCCGCUGCUCCUGACGCGCCUUGUCGGACUAGCUACUCAGCGCCUGGAUGCUGCCAUCGAGAUGCAGCUUCGCGCCCUGGGCCGGGCGCCCUCCAGCCCGGGCCUGUCGUCCCAGCUCUCAGAGCUGCUUCUGGUUCUUCCCACCUACCACCAGCUACAGGGAAAAGCUGUGACCCAAGUCCCAGGGGCAGCGCGCCCUUUUACUUCGGCCCGAGUGCUCCGCCUCCUGGCGGGGGAGCGAGGUUGCCAAGUGGCAGAUCGGCUCGAUGUGGCAUUCAAGGGACCAGGUUUGAGGGACCAGCUGCGCAGGCAGUGUCAAGAGGAGCGGGAGCUGCUGCCAGGGCUGCUGGGCCUGGUGGGGUGCGUGGCAGGGUCAUCCAGCAGUGGACUGGGGCUUGGAGAGGCUGGGGCCCUGUGGAGCCAGUAUUGGACGCUGCUAUGGGCAGCCUGUGCUCAGAGUCUGGACCUGAAGCUGGGACUUUGGAAGGACCCCAGGGCAGCCGCACAACAGCUGAGUCAGGCAUUGGGUCAGGCAUCACUACCUCAGGAAUGUGAGAAGGAGCUGGCUUCUUUGUGCUACAGCCUACUUCAUCAGCCACUCAUCUGGAGCUGGGAUCAAGGCUUCUGCCAGGCCUUGGGAUUGGCUCAUGGGGAUCAAAACACCCUUCCCUCAUCCUCGGAUGGUAGCUCCAGCUCUCAAACGACUGUACUUCUGCAACAGCUCUUCCCGCCUCUCUUGGAUGCCCUUCAGGAACCCAGGUCAGGGCUGAUGCUUUGUCAGCCUCCAGGUCCUGAACCUCUCGCUCUGGGACUCUCUACCCUCCAGACCACCUUGCUCUGGUUUUGGGGAAGGGUCCAGCAACACCUGGCAGCAUGGGUCCCAAGAUCUUUCCUGCUCCUGAUCCAGAAGGACUUGCCUCCUCUACUGCACAUGGCACAAGCUCUGUCUAGCCUAGCCUCAGGGAAAAGUUUGGUCUUGGAGGUGGAGCAGCAGCUUGGCCUGGAGAUCCAGAAGCUAACUUCACAGAUCCAGCUCCUGCCUGAAGAGUCACUAAAUCUCUUUUCUCAAGAAUGUUAUAAACAAGCCACACACGGCUUUGAGCUCUACAUGCCACGGGGUCGGUACUGGCGGCUUCGUCUCUACCCUGAAAUGCCUAGCAUUCCUAGUGAAUAUGCUGUGUUGGUGGUCCGUACUGUACUGGAGCCUGUGUUGCAAGGCCUGCAGGGAUUGCCACCCAAAGCCCAGGCUCCUGCCCUUGGUCAUGCACUGACAGCCAUCCUGGGUGCCUGGCUUGACCACAUCCUCACCCAUAGGAUCCGGUUCAGCCUGCAGGGGGCACUGCAACUCAGACAGGACUUUGGAGUGGUCCGGGAAUUGCUGGAAGAAGAGCAGUGGGGCUUGUCCCCAGACCUUCGCCAGACACUGCUCACGCUCAGCAUCUUCCAGAGGCUGGAUGGGGCCCUGCUAUGUUUGUUGCAGCAGCCCUUGCCCCAAACAAGAGUCCACAGGACGCUUCUCUGUUGCUGUGCUUGUAAUGAGGUCCAGACCACGGAAUUGCCCAGCAGCAGCCUCAACAGCCUGGAGAGCUUGGAGCCCCCUCUUCGGCCUGGAGCAUCCCCAGCCCAGACAGCUCAGUUGCUAAGCACACUAUGGGGAGGGGGACCUAGCCCUGAGGCUUACCUGGUGGGAAAUCAGCAGGCCUGGCUUGCCCUGAGGCAGCACCAGCGCCCCCAUUGGCACCUGCAUUUUCUUUCUUGCCUGGGAAUCAGUCCUGAACAGUAA